UGAUCUGAUCCGCUAUUUAAUGUUCGGUGUGUUUUUGGUGUGGAACGUACGCUAUGUACCGUUUGUUGUACCAUUUGUUCGAGCAAAUGAGUUUGGGAAAAUUGAAAAGAAACAAAACAGAAAACAUCAGCCCAAUGAACUGUGAUUGAAUUCUAGUUUACCGUUAAAUCUAGAGCACCUGCAACGUGCUUCGUGUGUGUGUGUAUGAGUGAGUGAACCGCAUCAGAAGUGCAGUGCUGUGCUACAGAUAUAUCUCCUUCUCUGUCUAUUGCUAGCUACUUGACGUUGUUGCUUGCUGGCUUAGUGGUUUGACCAAAAACUUUUUGGACUCUGGUUUGUUUGUUGUUGUCACAUCCGCCGGAAGCACCUUAAGCGGCCAAAACAAGUGCAAAGCCCCCGCGCCCUGCGAUAGGCAGCAACUUUAAUCCUCAUAUGGAGACAAACUAAAACUAGAAAACAUAGCCAAAACAAAAAAGAAAAGAAUAAUUAUUAUUGGCCAAAGCAAUUGCUGAAGAACAAUUAGCAUAGAUCCAUUUAAAUAAAGAAUCGCCAAAAUGUCUGUAGAUAAUCCAUAUUAUUUUUGCAAUGACACCAAAUCGCCUCGUACACCGGACUCACAGACGUCCAGUAGAGGCUUCUCGAUCUUCAAACGCCGCAACUCCAAGGGCGGAAGUAGUCCACGACCCGUGGUGGUUACGAAUCCGGAACAGAUGCGCCUAAUCACAUCGGCCAAUCUGGAUACCACAGCAUCCAUGGCCUUUGGCAGUCCGCGUGGCAGCUUCAACUCUCUGGGCGGCUUCUCGCAAAAAUCUUUUGAAAUGCAGCCGCUGAUGCAUCAUCGCCAGCGUUCGUCCAAUUCACAUUCGGAAACAUUUCGCGAACGUCUUGGCUCCUGUAAUGAGACGCACAGCUCCCAAUGCCCUGGAGGUGGCAUUGAGCACGACGAAGUCUUUAAUCCGUUGACAUCAUCGCCAGCAAGCAAGUCCCAACGUCAUCACACCCUGCCAAGUGGCGGAGUGCGUCGUCAUUCGUUUGGCAAUUGGGCGCAGGGGCAGGGCGAAAGACGUCAACAUAACACAUCGGCAACAUCGAUUGGCCUCGGUUCACCGGAUGAGGUGCCCACCAUGAUGGCUCCACGUCCCCCAGUCAUUUCGCCCAACAAAUUUCGCAGUUCUUCCCAUCGUAGAAGAGACAACUGCAGCAACGUGAACAACACACAAAGUGGAACGAAUGCAUCGGGCUUUGGUCUGCUCGGCUAUAAUAUGGACGACAUACUGAUCAUAACGGCAAAGCAUAGUGAACGUGCCUAUUUGCGUGCCACUUUCCUGAAGAACCAUUUCGAUAAGAUCACCAAACAGCGCGGACGCAAACCCUUCAAUUUUCUGCACAUAAAAAUUGAUGAUGGUCCCUUCAGCGAAGAAAUUUCCCAAAAGUAUCAGAAUACGGCUCUACAGAUUGUAAUUUUGUGUCCCGUUCUAGUGGCUCUGCCGCACAGUUUCCUGAUGACCCAAUUGUCAUCGAUUAUCAGAGUGGAUAAGGUGCUGGCCAUAUUGCUGGAUGUGAGCGAGGAGAAGAUCAAGGAGAUGCAUAAGACAGCUCUGCCCAGCUACUACAAAUGGCGGCGCUGUGUGGUGCGGGACAACGACCAGGUGCAGAUUAGUAAUAUUCUGGGCAUUGCCACUGAUAUAUUGGGCAGAGCUCUGUGCCAGCGUCCACCAUGUCCGGACAGUAGUAGUAGUAGCAACGGCGUGGGAAUAUCGCGCAGCUUCUCCAGCUGCUCGGAGGGAUUCACUGUGAUGCCUAAAAAGGUGAAACUCGGUCAGAAUAAAGUUGUGGCCAUGCUGGCUGAACCCCUAGAGAAGAAUGAUACGCUCAAGCUGCUGGUCGAGAAAUCCGGUGAACAUAUCGAAUUGCGUAACUUCAAGUGCCGCAAUCCGUACACACUGCAGUUCUCCAUACCCGAAUCGUGCAUGGAAAUCUCGACCAUGAUCGAAAUACGCAUCGAAAAGAACAACAAGAGUCUCGGCGCACGGCCCAUCAAGUGUGAGAGUCGUCUGCGUGAAUUGGAACAAUUGCUGAGGGUGGAGGACUCACCCAUAGAGUUUAUGUGCCAUGCCUUGGGCAUUGGACCAGUGGAUAGAGAUGGUCUCGAUCAGCAUCUAUUGCAAUGCUUUCAGCGUAAUAUGCCACCAAAUUUUCAUCUGCUCAACGGACCAUAUGAAAGGCAACCGCAUUUCUUCACACGUCUCGAGUCGAGUCCCGAAGAGUAUCCCACUUUAUUGCAUUUCGCCGCUCGCUGGGGUCUCAAUCGCCUGUGCAUUCAGCUGAUGGAGUGUCCUGGAGGAGAUACGGCUUGCGGUGUACGCAACUGUGUCGGCCGCACUCCAGCCGAUCUCGCCGAUCAGGAGGGUCACCACAAACUGGCCCAGAAUAUCAUCAGUUUCUCGGAGUUUCACGAACUGACCACCAUGUAUCACUACUUCAAGGCGGUCACUCCUGCAGGCGGCAGUGGUGGGGAGGCCAGUAACGGUCAGCAGGCCAAAUCUAGUCCCAACUCUGCUGUGGUCAUUGAGGCAGUGCCAGCCAAGGCACAGAAACCGCCCAAGCAAUUGCCAUCGGCCGAGUAUAUGGAAAUGUCCAGCGGUUCCGAGCGCGAAAACACACCUGAAGUGCGUGCCAAAACAGAGACAAUGGCCAUAUCGAAUCUCAAUUACAUCAGCGUCGAGACAGAAGAUGAUAAUAAUCUCCAGACUUCAGUGACAGAAAAAAAUCUUGAAACUCACAAGAAUCUCCCGGAAAUUGUUCCCAACUCGGAACAAACCACUAAUGAGUUGCGCAUCAACGAACCGCCCUACUAUCCAUCAAAGGAGCAAAACAAAUCACGCGAUGAGGUCGAUGCGGCUCCCCUGUAUCAAUCCAGUCCGGAUAAGUUUAGUCAGGAGUGCUCUCAGUUGCUGGAGAAUCAAGCAGUCGCUGGCAAUGAUUAUGUCCUGCAGCCAUCCAAUAUACCUGUGACUGCUCCAGCAGAUGAUGGCAAUUAUUUGUUCCAGCCCUCGAAUCGACCAGUGGAGGAACCGCUGCGUUUGAGUCGUUCCACAACGAGAUUGGCCCACAACCAGCCACAGCAGCUGCCUGGCUACGGUACACUAAAACGCAGUGCCAGCGAUGCCUCUGCCUCCACUUCCGCCCGGACCAAUGCGGACGAUGAACUGGCCGAAAUAAUGCAUGAUUUCAAAAACAAUGUGCUAUCGAUUAGAGAUGUGGAACUACUUGUAGAGCGAUGGAAGCAUCGCAACGAUGUGCAGCAGAGUUUCCGAGAGAAACAAGAUCAAAUCGAUCAGCUGCGACGAGAGUACGAGAGGAUUCACGAUCAGGUUAAGUCCCAACUCAAACGAGAGACUCCAUUUGAGAGAAUCAAGAAACUUUUCUCCAGGCCCAAGGCCGCGGCCUCUGCCUCGUCUGGAGGUGGGGCAAGCUGUGCGGAUAGUCUGCUCGAUGAGACAAAAAGUUCAAUAGCCACCACCAGCAGUAGUAGCUUCAAGUCAUCUUCGGCUCGUCCAAUCAGUUCGCUCAGUUUGCAGAGUGUUUCUAGUUCAUCGUCGUCAUCAGGACGUCUCAGCACGGGCAGCAAUUGCAGUGGCGCGUCUCUCGGUGACUCUGGCACUCAUUCGGAUCAUGAGGAUCGACGUUUUAACUAUCGUUUGGGUGCCCAUGGCUCACUGAUGGACAACUAUUCGGUGCCACCGCCAGCCCGUCCUGUUUUCAUCACUCCCGGCUCAACACCUGGCGAUGAACGGCAUCAGAUCGUCUUCCCCUCGCCCAUGUCCAGUUCCCAGCGCUUGCAUACGCCCACCAGUCCAACUCCCAGCUCUGAACACUAUCAGAUGUUCCCCUCGAAUAUUCCCGUCUAUGGCAGUCAACCACUGUCGCAAUCGCAGAGUAGCAACUACCUAAACACCAUUGAGGAAGCCAAGGAGCAUGCCGAGCAGCAGCACUAUCAAAAUCAGAAUGGAGUCACCCUGCAACCCAUCAAGUUGAAUGAACGCUCCAAUAUCAUCUAUGGCAAGCUAACCAAAACCAACUCCGUCUCCGGCAAGUGCAGUUCGUUCAAGCCCAAGCAAGUGCCCUGCCCUCAGGUGGGCACUAUUGAGGUCCAGGCGGAGGUCUAUCAGAAUGUGGGUGGCGAUUUGCUUGAAACAGAACCAGCCAAAAACGGAGAGACGCCAGCGUCCAACUAUAUGAACUGCUAAUAAAUGAACAUUGAAUAAAUAACAAUGUGUUCCAGUUAUGUA